AUGAUUGACCUGAAUGAGCAACCUGAUGAAAAUAAUGGUGAUCCUGUGUACUGUACACAACAUGUUGCUGGAAAUACAGAGUUUGUUGUGGAAUCACCUAAUCCUCCUAUGAUUCAGAAAGUCAGUGUUGCUGCUGCAGAAGGGAUUUUUACAGAUGGGCACUCAAGUCUAAUGAUGGCUGCUCCAGGUAAUACACAAAUACCUGAAGCAGUAGCUUCUGAGAGUGAUGGACAUACCCUUGAUGGCACAGGUGCACCGAGCAAUACUGGUGGGACUGUUGCUAAUGGGUUCGGUGAUGAAAAUGAUGAUGAAGCUUGGUCACAACCAAAGGAGCCUCGUGUGGGCAUGAGGUUUGACACUUUGGAAGGCGCAAAAAACAACUACAAUUCUUAUUCAUUGCAGAUUGGCUUUUCAAUAAAAAUGAAUACUUCAAGGAAAGCUACAAAAACUAGAGAGCUGAUAAAGCAGCAGUUUGUUUGCAACAAGUUUCGAAAGCCUAAGGUCGAUGACGGAGGGGAAGAAAAGAUUCCUAUGCUAGAUGAAAUUGUUGACGAAACAAAAGAUGAUGAUCAAGAUGAGGAUAUUGUCUUCCUUGAUGAUGACAGUAAAACCAAAAAGACGACCAAGAAGCGGAAGAGAGAUACAAUAUUGCAAACUGGUUUCAAAGCUAAGAUGGUUGUGAAACUAAUUGAUGGCAGAUGGGAAGUGAUCCACUUUGUUGGCGAGCACAACCAUCCAUUGGUUGACAAGCCAUCUUUGACUAAGUAUCUGCGAUCACACCAAGGGAUCCCAGCAGAAGAAAAGGCAUUCCUUACACAUCUUCAUAACUGCAAUUUGACUACAUGUUUAAACAACACCCCUAGCCCCCUACAACGAGCACCAACAUUAACACAUGGUCGUAUGAUGCACAUCAUGUCAGAAUUCUAUGGGACGGAACUCAUUGUCCCUUAUACAACUAAGCACAUUACAAACCUCAAGACGGUCUUGAACCAGGAUGCUACAAAAGAAGGGGAUAUGAUAGAGACAGAUGCAUACUUUAAAGAUCAGCAGAAAGAAGAUCCAGAUUUUUUUUAUAAGAUAAAGUAUGAUGAGGAGGACAGGAAAAUCCAAACACACAUACUAGUCCGAGAGGGUUCAAAAGAUUACAGGACAGGACACUUGGAGACUGAAAUGUGGUCGUCUUACCCCAUUGAGAAGCAGGCAUAUGAUUCCUAUACUAGGGACUCGUAUGAGAAGUUUCGUGAUGAGUUUCAGUUGACUGCGAGGUACAACGUGCGACCACAUGGUGAAAACUUGUAUCAGGUUUACCCAAAUCGAGAGUGGGUUGCUAAAUAUGGUUGUAGGAGCUAUUUUGUCAGAGUAGAAGCUGGUGCUGGAGACUACAGAUGUGACUGCUGCAAGAUUGAGCGGGACGGCAUGCUAUGCUGCCAUAUCUUGAAAGUUUUCAACCAACUUGGUGUUGAUGAAAUCCCAACGCAGUACAUACUUAGAAGAUGGACACCUUUAGCAAUUUCUGAUGCACCCCCCACUGUCGAGGAUAAACCCGAUGAGUUGCCAGCACAAACCAAGAAAGAACUAAGGCAUGCAAAUUUGGUGAUGGAUUUUGGUAGUCUUGCUCGGGUUGCCAGUGCAUCAGAUGCUGCAACAGAUAUUGUGAAGAAGCACAUGCGUGGGGCACGUCAUGAGAUCCAAAAUCUCAACAUGUCAAGGAAGAAGAAGCCGGCAGUACCUCGCUCUGGGCCCACUGGUGGUCCUGAAGCAUCAGCUGGUGGUUCUGCACCACCACCUGGUAAUACUCAGGCAAAAAGAGGACAUGUGUUGGAUGUUGAUGGAACUAAAGAAGGUCCUUUUGUUUGUAGGCAGCAGAAACCUACUUCCGCAGCAGGGAGGAAAAAAGCAGCAGUGCAGCCCGGUAACUCUAUCAGUGAAGGUGGACAGCAACAAUCAAACAGUAGGACUGCAACACUACCCAGGGGGCCUCCAGCGCCAGUGCCAAGGCCAAGGAUUGUGCAUACACUAAGAGGGGUUGUGCCACAAAUAUUUGGGGAUGCAGCACUAGUGAGAGGCCCUGUUCCACCACAUAUGGGUCCUAGACCAACAAACUCGCGUGCAUCACAACCUAUGGGGGAUGCACAACCAAACCAGGGCCCUAACGCAGCAAACACAAUGUAUGUGACUAGUGCUGCACUUGAACAAUCACCUAGAGCGUCAGCAUCAGUUGAUGGUGGGUAUGGACAGCGUCCCGGUUCUUUUACAAUGCAAGAAGAAAGUGGCAGCACAUUUUCAACUACCAUUGGGCAACCUCCUGCUAGACAUGAACACCCGCCACUCAAUAUAGCAUCACUACAUGCAACUGUUGCGGCCGCGCAAGGUGCUCCCAUGGUUGAACCACAUUUUGGGGAAACUACUGCCACACCUGACCCUACAAUUCCUAGAGACCCUCCAAGAUCAACUACAAAAGGUAGGGCAAAGUUAAAAAGAAUUGAAUCAACACUUGAGCUGCACCCGAAGAGGAAAAACAAGUGCAGCUAUUGUGGGUCUGUUAACCACACUGGUGCACAGUGCAAGACCAGACUGGUGUGA